AUGGAGCAUCCUCCGCCGCCACGACCACUAAAGCUGACAGAAAAGCUGCCUUCCCAGCUGAACGAGUUGCGGUUAGUUGUGCAAGAACAGGAUGCGCUUCUCUGACAGUGUGUUUGCAGAUUUCACUCACUCUUAUAUGAAUGCAGCAAUUUCGUUGAUUUGAUGUUUGAAGAGGAUUGUGUUAUCGAAAUGUGCUACCGUAGGUCAUUACUUUGACAAGAUGCUGUGACACAGAGGGCACAGCCUCCCAGUUUAUGGAGCAGCGUUCGCCGCCACUACGACCAACGCUCAUAGAGGAGCUGUCUUCCCAGCUAAAGAAGUUGAGGUUAGUCGUUCGAGAACAGUAUCUGCUUCUUUGACAGUUGUUGUUUGCAGAAUCCACUCGCAUCGAAUGACAAUUUCGCAUGCCGAAAGCAACAAUUCAGUUAA